GUCACCGAGUUAAACCCAAACUGAGCUGCAGCGGCCAUCUUCUCCCAAGACCAGCAACUUCACUUCUACGGGAAAGGGACUAUUUAUUGAUAUUUGGCGUAAUCGCAAACCUAGACGGGCGAAAAUAACGGCUCGAAGGUGCUUCCAUACGGGACGUCGGACGAGCCGGGUUGCUCACAAUGGCCUAGUGUGCUCUGGAGUGAACAGGCGAGGGCAGCUCUCCGCACAGCUGAUCGGCACUUUCCCUCGCAGGCCGCCUGACCCAGACCCGAACCCGCCGUCGGCCGGCCUGCGAUCCACACGCGAGGCCCCGCUGCUCUUCUCGGCGUCAUAAGCAGCGUGAGUCUACAGACAGCAGUGAAUAAACGAAAAGGCAAAGAGUGCGUUGGAAUCGUCUCGGAGAAGCUGGGCUGGAGUCAGCGCGGCCUCGUGCACGUUCGCUAAAACGCGCCGAUGGUGCCGCUGGAGUCCCAGGUGCAGAACUGCGCCUGUGCUGCGUCUCCCUCAUUUCUUGCCUUUCUGUUCAUGACCAGCUGCAGUUCAUUAAGAGUUCCUUGUUACUUUUUGACUUAUUGUGAAUAAUUUUGCAUUUCCUUGGGCGGCUCACCACCUGUCUGUGCUUUUCUCCGGUGGAGCUGGAAGGUCUGCGUUGUUGCUUUCACCGGCACCUUUAGCAGUACGUGGGAAGCACUGAGGGUCCGAGACUCAGUUCUUGCUGGUAGACCCCUGACUCCUUCCCGCAGGAGAGAUGGAGCCUCAGGGGCUGCUGGAUGUAGAGGGUGAUGCAGGGAUGCUGGGGCUGCUGGUUCCCAGUCCACAGAGUGAGACUGUGACCCACGAGCUGGAGGAACUGUCGCUGCAGCCUAACCAGAACCUGCCAACCCUCAACGAACGCAAGAAUGUCCUUCAGCUCCGACUGCAGCAGCGACGCACCCGGGAGCAGCUGGUGGACCAGGGCAUCAUGCCUCCUCUGAAGAGCCCCGCUGCCUUUCACGAGCAGAUCCGCAGCCUGGAGAGAGCCAGGACCGAGAACUUCCUUAAGCACAAGAUCCGAAGCCGUCCUGAGCGAUCUGAGCUCGUCCGCAUGCACAUCCUACAAGAGACCCUGGCAGAACCCUCACUGCAGGCCACCCAGCUGAAACUGAAGAGGGCCCGGCUGGCCGAUGACCUCAAUGAGAAGAUCGCACAGCGGCCGGGGCCCAUGGAGCUGGUGGAGAAGAACAUUCUGCCUGUGGACUCCAGCGUUAAGGAGGCUAUCAUUGUGGGCCAGGUCAACUACCCCAAGACGCUGGACUCGUGCCCCUUUGAGGAAGACAGCAGUGAUGCCCUGUCCCCAGAGCAGCCGGCUAGCCAGGAGUCCCAGGGAUCUGCAGCUUCACCUGGGGAGCCCGAGGCCAAGCCCAGCGAGCCUUUGCUCUUGCUGCCCAGCUCCGGCCUGCAGGUACAGAGCUAUCUAACUGCCUGCCAGGUUACAGCUGACGUGCCCAAGCUGCUGUCCACUAGCGAGCAGCCAGCCAGUCGGGUGGUGAUCAGUAGUCAAGCCGUACCCUCCGGAUCAAAGGCCGGGCCCACCCUAGUGAAGCAAAGCCAGCCCAAGCAAGCAAAUGACAAGAGUCGCAGUAAGAAGGGCAAGGAGGCCAGACCCCGGGUGAAGAAACUGAAGUACCACCAAUACAUCCCCCCUGACCAGAAGGCGGAGCCCAGCGAGGCCCCCAUGGACUCCUCCUACGCCCGACUCCUGCAGCAGCAGCAGCUCUUCCUGCAGCUGCAGAUUCUGAGCCAGCAACAGCAGCAGCACUACAACUACCAGACCAUCCUACCCGCCCCCCUCAAGACGCUGACUGACGGGCAGGUAGCAACCGCCGGCGUAGCCCUCAACAGCAACAAUGCUCUGCCCAACUCAAUCGUGGUGUCCUUGCCCACCGCUGCCGCCAUAAGGCCUAGCAACACCCUGGCCAAUCGCAAGCCUGGCCCACUGCCGCCGAACCUGGAGGAGAUGAAGGUGGCCGAGCUAAAGAUGGAGCUGAAAUUGAGAGGCCUGCCCGUGUCAGGGACGAAGACAGACCUCAUAGAGCGGCUGCGGCCUUACCAAGAGAGCUCCUGCAGCGGCGCACCACAGGCCACCUCCACCAGCACCGGUCUGCCCCUUGCCUCUAUGGAAGUGACCACCUCGUUGUCCAGUCAGCACCUGUCAUCUAUCCAGCAGGGGGCGACAGAGUGCAUGAACGCUACUCCCCCCUCUUCCCCCGUGCCCUCGGAGCUCUCCAGCGCCAGCCUGGAGGAGGUGCUGGCAUCAGAAGUCUCGAAAUCACCGCACAGAGUGGGCCCUGAGGAGAAGGACCGGCGCCUCCAUGAGAAGGAGCGACAGAUCGAGGAGCUGAUGCGCAAGUUAGAACAGGAGCAGCGGCUGGUGGAGGCGCUGAAGAUGCAGCUGGAGGUGGAGAAGAGGGCCCAGCAGGUCUGCCAGGCCGCAGAACCGCCCCCUGCUGCCGUCGUGAAGGAGGAGAGCUGCAUCCCCCCGAACUGCUCGACUGUGUGGACCCCCCUCGUCCAUCCAGCCUCGCUUACGGUCAAGCAGGAGGAGCCUGUCACACCUUCUCCUCCAGUCCCCAUCCCCUCGGUCGCACUGCCCCCCUUUUUCAUCCACCCGCACGUGCCCCAGGUCCUCGGGCAGCCCCAGGCCCUGAUCCCCACCCAGGCUGGCACAACCCAAAUCCUAGUGCCCGUCUCUCUCCCUACCAGCGCCACCACCAUCCAGCUACCCAGCGCCAGUGUUAGCCUCAAGACCCAGCCAGUUAUCCAGGCCGCUGUCCCAGUUCAGAGCCAAGGUAUCCUGCAGUCUUCUGCCCCGAAAACAGACAAGUCGCCCUCACAAUACAGCAGGCAAGAACAUCACAUUGCUAAGACCUUUCCAGUAUGCACCACUCCAGAAACUGGUUUCCAGUACAGCACCAACCAGAACCAUCUAUUGAAAGACAUACCCCAGUGCUUCCUGAACAGCUCCCCGGAGAGCAGACCCUCCACCGUUCUCCCCAACGGUCCCGUGAGCGAGGCUCCAUCCUCCUCUCCUCCCACUUUCAUCCUCCAGUCAUCUACCUUCCAAAGCCACGCCCCCAAGAGCAAAGACCCGCCCCGCUAUGAGGAGGCUGUCAAGCAGACACGCAGCCUGCAGGCUCCGACUGUGACCCAGACCCCUACAGUCACCAGUCAGCAAAUGGAUGACCUGUUCGAUAUCCUGAUAGAGAGCGGAGAGAUCUCCCCCCUCAUUCGACAAGACCUGCCCUCGGUGAGGAAAGUGCUGCCCGUGACAGCCAGCAUCACCACCCUCCCUGUCAACACCGUGCUGUCCCGCCCCCCGCCCCAAGUGCAGCUGGCCCCAGCCGCCUCCAUGACCCUCGACUCCACACCCAACCUGGCCAUGCUGGCCUCGGACAACCAGCUGGAAGCUCUUCUGAACGGCACUCUGUCGGAAGACCCCGAGCCCCACACACUGGGACUGGUGGAGGAGCUUCAAUGCCAGCUGCUGGAACAGCCUCACUCUCCCAUGGACACAUCGGAACUGACGUUUGCCGACGCCGUCCCUGUCACCUCCUUUGACCUCCAGGACGCUAAUCUGGACAACAUGGAGUGGCUGGACCUGACCAUGCCGGGCCCCCCAGGUGGGCUCACGCCACUGGGUAUAUCCUCCGACAUACUUGACGCUCACGACCUCCACUUACACUGGGACUGAUGCUGAACAGGCCCCAUCACUUCUAGGAUGCACAGAGAACCGAAGCGGGCGGUUGCCUCCCGUUACUGCCUGAGCCAAGGUGGACGCUAAACACAUCGCUAGCAGUUAGAGGGCUGGUCACAUGUGCUCCCAGUGGGGGUCCCACUCUAAGGCCCUGUGAGGUCACACUCUCCACAUUCGGUGGAAUCCGAUGAUGGACUCAUUCUUCCGCACACUAUUUACUUAAGCACCACUGACUGACUUUUAUUUUGAUUGCUGUGUGUGUGUGUGUGUGUGUUUUUUUAUCCCUUUUUUAAGCUGGCUGUCCUUCAGGGCUGUGCUGGUAUCUGAAAUUGUUCAUAAUCAUGUGCUCUAACAGCUGGAAAGAAUUUCUUGAUUUUAUUAUUGUAGUUUUGUAUGCUGUGGCAACAGGGAUCAUUGGCUGCUACAUAUCACUAUAAAAGCGGUCAAAAUGCAGGUAGAAUGUGAGCGUUAAAAGGGUAUUUUGAAAAGCUGUUGGUCCUUCAGGUUGAUCACACUAUGCUGUCUUUCUUGUUCAUCCAUACUGUAACGGCCCUUCUCUUCCCCACAUACCCUACAGCAAACAGCUCGGCACAUUUAAUUACAUCAGUAUGGGUGAGCACCACCGCUGUUCCCCUCAAAGGGAUCUGACUGACAUUAAAUGUUCCUUCGUCCUGCUCCAGCCCACUGAUUGCUGCUGGCAGCCCACUUGCUUACUGUCAUCUCUGUGCUCAACACUAAGACCACACACUAGUGUAGGUCCUCCCACUCUUUACAAACUGGAAACAGGUGAUUUCUUAGAAUUUUUUUUUUUUUUUUUUUUUGCAUAACAGAAAAGAAUGAGGAGCUGAAUUAUGAAAGAAUCUCACACAUGAAAAAACACAGUGCAUUAAUUUCUUCCUCGACCCACAAACGUUGCCUCCAUCUGGUCUUUUAUGUGCCAUUCAGGUGGUCAGAGGGAAAAGCCGUGCUGCAUUUUAGCAGGAUGUCGGGGGUGGGGGGGGUGCUUUGCGUUUCCCCUAGAGGAUGCUGGGGUCCCAUCCUCGCUUCUGCGCCACAUCACUAUUGAGUUCUGACUGGCGUCUAAGGAACCCUCUUGAGCUCCUGAGGUGGUCGAAAGAGAGGUACACGUCUGCUUUCGCUUGGCCGGCAGGCGUUUGCUUAACUGUUUGAGAAAAGAUCACUGUUGGAGGAGCUUACUUUAGCCAUUUGUCCUUGUACAAAAAAAAAUGAAUGCUUUGACCAUCAUGUAAAUACAUGUAAAUUGAACAAGCAGUCUAUUGUGUAAAUACUUCAAUAAGUAAAUUAUGAUGAGGGUGAUGUUAGUUGGGAUUUUUAAUAACAUUUAACUGCUGUACAGUCUUGCUGGAAUUUUACUGGAUACAUGCACAUCUAGGGUGUGGAAGAGUCGCAUAUUCUGUAAAAUUUGGUGAUGCUGUGAAAUGAGAUACAGUGAGUGUGUGUGUGUGUGUGUGUGUGUGUGUGUGUGUGUGUGUGUAUGCAUAUACAGGCGCACGCACAUGUCUGUCUGUCGUUUUCUCUAUCUGUGUAUAUGUCUGUGUGAGCGCAAGAGUUCAAAGAUGGUAGAGUAAACCUGUUACUGGUGUCUCUACAGCUGGUUCUGGACCAAUUCAUUGUUUUGGGCACAGAUACCAGUAAGGGUUACCAAAAAAAUGCAUGAGAUUAAUAACCUGCACAAGGCAUCGGUGUGCGCCAUUUAUUUCAUGUCACGUUUUGCACAUCUUAUAUUCGUGCUGCAGAACAAUGUUUUGCUGAAAUUCGCUGGGAAUUCAGAUGGAGAAACAAAUUAGGGCACUUGGAUGAAUGUAGCGCUCUGUUGUUAAGUCCUCUCACUGGCGCCAUCUGCUGUUGUAGCAUGCAUAUUACAGAGAUUAUUAUUUUGCUGCACUUAACACCAGUGCUCACCUAAAUGAGAAUCGCAGACUUUCUGCCGAAGUUGAUAGCUGUUAAUGAGAUUGUGCUUAUUGGGUGGGGGGAGGGGUGAUUCAUUUGAGGUUUAGAAUAGUCAGAUGUACACUGAGAAACACAAGGGAUCCGCCUGAUGAAUCAGUGUUGUUAAGCAGUAGUACCGCUUGCCUUGCGAACACCAGAGAUUAUAUCAUCAUAUGUGUCCACCUGCCCCACAGCACAGUAUUCCUGUGCUUAUAAUAAAGUAAACAACACAGUAGAGGGACAGCAUGGUUGCCACAAUGGCUUUGCUGUGCUUCCCUCUUUUCUGCCUUGUAUGCUGGGGCUCAUGCUCUCCCCACGCCUACUGCUUGGUGAGGUCACGACAUACAGAAUGCUGGAGAUGUGGUAUCGACUGCAGCAGCCAUGUUUUUGUAGUAUCCCAGAGGAUCACAGUGAAGCAAUUUGCUCUGAAGCUUAUAUGCGUCACUGCAUUUAUCCAGGGCUUUGAUAGACCCCUUUUACUGGGACAAGCGCCCCAGUAUUUAUGUAAAAUCUCACGUUCAGCUUUCAAAAAUUAUAUGGGUAUUGGGGGAGUGGGGGGGCCUGUGUCCCCGUAGAACUUCAGGUCUAGCAGCGCUCCUGGUAUCCCAUCGUGGCCCUGGCCCUCCGAAGUACCAAGAGAUACACGUAUGACAUUAAGUUCCACUGACACUUUUCUUAUCUCCCCGGGUAAUAGGAUGGAAGCCAAAUAUAGAUCAUCAUUCUCAUCCGAUUAAUAAUACACAUUCUAAAUAGUGUGGCACUUGGUUUUAGGUCUGAGGGUAAGAGUGGAAAAGAAGAAAGUAGGAGUUUAGUUCAGAAGUAGUGUAAUUCAGUUAAAUACCCCCAGCAGUAGGGGGAGCCAUUUAUCUGUGGAAGAUGGAACUCAGUGGGAGUCUAAUCAUAUAGUCCAUACAUUUUGCCAAAGAGGGUGGUAAAUUAGUGAUGCCCCUUACCUGCUUUUAUUUUCUAUGGUUUUGUUGACGUGAACAAUCAUUUUUGUGUCCUUCAGUGGAUGGUGCAGAUGUACAUAGAUUUACUUUUUUUAUUUUAAAUGGAUAUUUUAUAGUAAGAAGCACUUGACAGCCAAAUAGGCCAAACGAAAGGGGGGAAAAAAUCUCCGUGUUUCAUUGUUUCAGUCCCCUGACCUGAAACACUGAGUCAGCCAUUUAUGAUCUGGGUGUCAAAAGACAGGAACAUAUGAGCAGCGGGCAUUGGCAUCGUGCUGGAUGUGGAAUCAGUGUAUUGCCGCACCAUGGCGAUCUUAGAGCAGUUAUUCUGAAGCACACUGCUUAUGUCGUUGUUCUAGCUUUAAGGAGGCUCAUUUUAACUUAAGAACCUAAGGAUAAUAUGACAGUUUCAGCUGAAAGCUGAUUGGGUAUAACUGAGAUAUGUCUGACAGCCUUCUCUGUGCAACUGCCCAUCAGUCCUUCCUUGUGAAUUAUCCGUGUCUUCCACGUCUUCAUUAUUUUCUGUUGCAGAAAUAAAACUAUUGAGAACUAUUCCAAGGAGGUAUCAAAGAUCUGAUCAUCGUUUUAAAGCCUUUUCUUGCUCUGUCUCUAUUGUUUGUAUGCUAUGUUUUGCACACAGUGUAUAUAUUUAUAUAGAUGUAAUGCAUAUUUUUAUAUGUGGCAUAUUCAUGAGCUCUAUCUUGUAAAUAUUUGAAAUGAAUACACUGUCUAGUGUGUGUGUGUUUGUUUAUAUAUAUGUACAUAUAUAAUACACUCAUUUCUGUCAAUAAAACUGGUGAUGUGCAGUGAGAA